AUGGCUGCGCCCGGGGAGUCGCUGCGGAGGCGGAAGGUCCGGGAUGCGAGCGGGAGUCCCAGGUCGUCCCCAAAGUUGGCUGGCGAUCCUGCGGGCGACGCAGCCCGCCUGCGCCCGGGCACCUUCUGGCUGACCAGGGUCGUGCUCCUGAAAGCGCUCGCUUUCGUUUACUUCGUGGCCUUCCUGGUGGCAUUCCAUCAGAACAAAGCCCUCAUUGGUGACCGGGGCCUGCUGCCCUGCAAGCUGUACCUGAGGAGCGUCCAGAACUACUUCCAAGGCAGGAUUGGCUGGGAUGCCUGGAGCUACGCUCCGACUGUCAUGUGGCUGCUAGACUGGUCAGACAUGAACUUCAACUUGGACCUGCUGGCUCUUCUUGGCCUGGGCCUCUCCUCCUUCGUCCUGGUGACUGGCUGUGCCAACAUGGUGCUCAUGGCUGCCCUCUGGGCCCUCUACCUGUCCCUAGUCAACGUGGGACAGGUUUGGUAUUCUUUUGGAUGGGAGUCACAGCUGCUGGAAACAGGGUUCCUGGGGAUCUUUCUGUGCCCUCUCUGGACGCUGUCCCAACUCCCAAAGCACACCCCUACAUCCCAAGUCAUCCUGUGGGGCUUCCGGUGGCUGAUUUUCAGGAUCAUGCUUGGAGCGGGCCUGAUCAAGAUCCGUGGGGACAAGUGCUGGUUAGACCUCACCUGCAUGGAUUUCCACUAUGAAACUCAGCCGGUGCCCAAUCCGCUGGCCUAUUUCCUGCACAGGUCGCCCUGGUGGUUCCAUCGUUUUGAAACUCUGAGCAACCACUUCAUAGAGCUCCUCGUGCCCUUCUUCCUGUUUCUUGGGCGCCGAAUGUGCAUCCUCCAUGGGGUGCUACAGAUCCUAUUCCAGGUGAUCCUCAUCAUCAGCGGGAACCUGAGCUUCCUGAACUGGCUGACCAUCGUGCCCAGCCUUGCCUGCUUUGAUGAUGCAGCCCUGGGGUUCCUGUUUCCCUCAGGGGCACAGGGCCUGAAGGAUCGAGUCCUGAAGCUGCAGAAUGAGGAAGCACAAGGGAUCCAGCCCAGGCUGAGCUAUGGCUGCCUGGUACGACGGCUGGUCAACCUUGCCCUGGGCGUGCUGGUGGCCUGGCUCAGCGUGCCCGUGGUCCUCAACCUGCUGAGCUCCAGACAGAUCAUGAAUACUUCCUUCAGUCCACUGAGGAUCGUUAACACCUACGGGGCCUUUGGAAGCAUUACCAAAGAGCGGACAGAGGUAAUCCUACAGGGCACAGCUAGCCCCAAUGCCAGCGCACCUGAUGUGGUGUGGGAAGACUAUGAGUUCAAGUGCAAGCCCGGCGAUCCAUGGAGGCGGCCGUGCCUGAUCUCCCCCUACCACUACCGCCUGGACUGGCUCAUGUGGUUUGCGGCCUUUCAGACCUACGAGCAGAAUGAGUGGAUCAUCCAUCUGGCGGGCAAGCUCCUGGCUGGUGAUGCCGAGGCCCUGUCCUUGCUUGCGCUCAACCCCUUCGAGGGUAGGGCGCCCCCCAGGUGGGUUCGAGGAGAGCACUACCGGUACCGGUUCAGCCUCCCUGGUGGCCAGCACUCUGCCCAGGGCAAGUGGUGGAUACGCAAGCGCAUCGGCCCCUACUUCCCCCCGCUCUGCCUGGACGGCCUGAAGGACUACUUUAGUGCGCGGGAGUGGCCGCUGCCAGAACCCCAUCCGGGCACAGCCUGAAAUAAAGCAGGCCGGAGGCCAGCCACA